AUGUCGGUCUCUUCCUUGCCCCUGGACUCCAUUUCGCCUUCAUCUGCAUCAUGUUCGAAUCACGUCACAGACUCAAAGUUCUGUCAAGAUUCGAGCGUUCCCCAAGAUGAUGGUAAACCUUUAGCAACGGAUGCCAAGGCUGUUGAAGAGAUCCCACUGGAGCCAACCCAUGGUCAGACAAGCGGCGUGAACUGGGAACGCUCUCAUUGCUCUAACUCAAAAUUUCGAACGGCGGAUGCUCGAAACGGGUAUAAACGGGGAAAUAUGCGUGAAGAUUCCUACGAGGAGCACCCGGCUCAACUCAUCCUGGUUUCUGCUCACAAGGCUGGGUCUGAUGAACUCCUCCACUGGAUUACCUGUGAUCUGGUUCGUCAGCGUCUCAAAGGUGUUUUCAUUGAUGAAGCCCAUAAUAAGAUUGUUACCGACUCUGACUUUCGAUCCUGCUUCAAACGUUCCCCUAAUCUCGCCCGUUCCUCUGUUCCUAUCACCUUCCUAUCCGAUUCCUUAAUGCCUCGUUACGUGCCAGUCAUUCUUGAGGCUGUGGAGAUCAACGACGCUGCGGUUGUGGAUGAAAUCUGUCAGUAUAGUGGGAGACGAAACCUCAAGUACGCUGUGGAGCGAACUGUGCAGGAGGGUUACUUUGAGAACAUUAUGCAGCUUGUCCAGAGAGAAAAUGAGAGGACGGGUGAACAGGACUGGGGCAUUAUAUUCUUGUCGACGUUGAAGGAACGAAGGGGCAAGGCGUUGACUACUCUUCCGUCCGCACCGUCAUUCACAAAGAUUCCCGGGAGCUCAUUAAAUGGUACCAAGAAGCGGGUCGAGCUGGGCGUGACGGAUUACCGGCUCUCUGUCCUCAGCUUCCUUUCCCUUCGGAAGAUCCCUUGGAUAUUGAUCACGUCGUUCGACUCGGCGUGGUUCUCUUCGAAGUCUGGUCUGUUUACGAAUGGUGUUGGUUGCGUUCGAUAG